UUAAAGAAUUUUAUAAUUUAUCACAUGUUCUUUUUGGUUUUUGUUUUGUAAUUUGUGUGAAUGAAACCUCUCCAUUUCAUGAUUUGUUUUCAUUAUCAUUCAUGUAAAAAUGGCAGACUGGUCUCAACUUCCGAGAGAGCUUCUUGAUCUCAUAUCCAAACACCUCAACUCCGAGACCGAUCUUGUCCGUUUCCGAUCUGUUUGCACCUCCUGGCGAUCCUCCAUACAACUCUUCACUUCCCGUUUUCCGAUUCUCCCAAAAACCGGAAUCUCCGAUUCCACCUGGGGUUUCUGCCUCUCCAAACGGACCAUCUUCCGUGUCGAGUUAGCUGAUCCCGAUUCUGAUUCUCAACAAACCCACGUUCCAUGGCUAAUCAAGGUCGAAAGAGACAAACCCCCAAAAACUCAUCUCAUGAAUCCGUUAACUGGAUCCGAUUUCAUCCCCCUCUUGCCUAAUUUCCCUAGAUCCCUUGAUUUGUUGAAUUUCAGGGUUACGGAAUUAGGCCAAGAGUAUGUCUUAAAGUACAUUAAUUAUCGUCCUCAUGCGAAUUCAAUUGGGGAUUCCGUAACCCUUUAUAUGGAGAAGGUUGCGUUCUGUAGGUCGGGGGUUAAUGGGUUCAUGUUAUUGACGAUUCACACUAGUGGAAGAUUGGCUCUGUUGAAAAUCGGAGAGAAGAAAUGGAACAUAAUCAACGAUCUGCCGUCGCCUUACGACGACGUUAUAUUCUAUAAAGGGGAGUUCUACGCUGUGGAUAUCACCGGCAGGACUGUUGUUCUGGUUAUGGAUGCAGAGACGACACUGAAGGUCAUAGCGAAUUCUGUGUUCGGCGGGGAUAAGAAGUUUCUGUUGGAAUCCAUGGGGGAAUUGUUCAUGGUUGAUAAGUUUUUGAGCGUUGGACCUGACAAUGAUUUCGAUUAUGAUGAUGACAACGAGUUUUAUGAAGAUUUCGAUUGUUUCAUGAGUGAAAGAACUGUGAAACUUGAGGUGUACAAGUUGGAUCACGAAGAACAGAGGUGGAUCGAGGUGAAAAGUUUGGGUGAUCGAAUGCUGUUUAUAGGCGAUAAUUGUGGGUUUUCAGCUUCUGCUUCUGAUUUCCCUGGAUGCAAAGGUAAUUGUGUGUUCUUCACUGGGCUAAGUAGGGAAGAUGAUGGUUUGAUGAAGAAUCGUGGUGUGGGUGUGUUUGAUUUGGAGAGUGGUAGCAUUGGGCCGAUUGCUAAUAAUUCUGCUAACUCUCAGCUCUUUUGGCCUCCCCCUCCAUGGCUUCAUUCGAAUCCGGUGGCUUUAGAAGAUGGAUUGAAUCAUCUUAACAUCUAAUUGGAUUCGAGCAAAGACAGAAGUCGAAAAAUUAAAGUGUACAUAUGCUCUUCAUGGUUUCGUUAGCAUCUAAAUUUCGACUAAUGAAAAGAAAUUUUAAUGUUUGACCUUUUUUUUUUCUUUCUUUCUUUACAAUAAUUCGUUGUUUUUGGUUUAUGUUGCUGCUUGUUCGUUAUGGUAUUACAUUGCUUUUGGGUGUAUGUUUUUGGUUCAAGAAAAUCAAUUAUUUGUUGUGGUUA